AUGGAUGUGGGCAGUUACAAUAACUACCCGCUGUCUCCUCGUGCCAACAGUUUCACCAUAGCCUCCAUUAUGUCAGGGUCGAUCAUGGGGGACGGAACGUAUGGGGGGUAUCCCCCGGGACAGAGGGGAUCUGAAUGGUACUAUGACUGGGGCCAGCCCCCUCAACCCUUAGUGCAGUCUAAUACGUUUAAAAGCAUGGAAGCUUGUCUUAUGAACGCCGGCACGGGACGCCCGCUAUAUAACGACAUGAGUCUUUCUUCUCAAAUGAACCGGGAAAACAGCGACUCCGAUCUCUCGAUGACAAGCACGUCCACGACCACAGAAGAAAACGGCAAGCACGCCGAUGCCCUGUCGCCGCUAAAACAGGAAACCGGGGUCGAUCCGGUAGUGGUACGCUUGGAGAAUAAUCAUAAACCCCUCCACCCGAAGCUGAUCCACGUCACCUCGGAUCUGGAGAUGCGACAGCUGUGGCGAGAGUUUGACGAAUUGGGCACGGAAAUGAUCGUCACCAAGGCGGGCAGGCGCAUGUUCCCCACGUUUCAAGUACGUCUUUUCGGGCUGGACCCUAUGUCGGACUACAUGUUAGUGAUGGACUUUAUCCCGUGCGAUGACAAGCGCUACCGCUACUCCUUCCAUACGUCCAGCUGGGUGGUGGCCAGUAAGGCUGACCCCCACAUGCCCGGCCGCAUACACGUCCACCCGGACUCUCCGGCCAAGGGGGCACAGUGGAUGAAACAAGUGGUGUCCUUCGACAAGUUGAAGCUGACCAAUAAUCUAAUGGACGAGAACGGACACAUAAUCCUGAAUUCAAUGCACAAAUUCCAACCUCGUUUUCACGUGAUCUACGUGAACCCCAAAGCGGAGGACGUAUCACAAUGUCAGACCUACAAAACGUUUGUUUUCAUAGAAACAAAAUUCACAGCAGUAACAGCAUAUCAAAAUCACAGGAUUACCCAAUUAAAAAUAGCCAGCAACCCCUUCGCAAAAGGUUUUCGAGACGCAGAAGCAGACGACUGUGUCAUCGAGUCCAUCACAAACGUGAACCACCCUGCCAUCUGCAGCAGGCAGAGAAACCACACGCGGCCUAGCUCCAUGCAAUUAGUCAGAAUACCGGGGAGGCGGAAAAACUCACUGAAACUACAAGAACAUAAAGAAGACGAAGAAAACGAAAACAACGCACAAAACGGGUUAAAUGUAGAAUCGGACUCUUUAAAAUCAACGGACAUGUUGAACGGUAGCCCCCUCCAGUCAGCGCACGGGGUAAUGCUCCCGGUCAGUUUUCCCGAACAGUGUUCCGUGGCUGCUCCCCAGCUGUCGACGGGGUCUUCUUUCUCUGAUGGCGGUUACUCCUACCACUCAUACGGGAGCCCGGACUAUAUGAGCAUGGCAAAAGCCAGGCAUUCUAGGAAUCUAAAUUACCCGAGUUAUCCGUCGGGAAUGAACGGAUUUUACCGGGGACCUACUCACUAUUACGCCUGUGCAUACGAAGGACGAUGAAAAUAGGAAGUGGUGAAAGAUAAACGUGCACUUGAGGACUGAGUUGUUGACAGAAUAGUCUGCUUGUCUAGUAUAUUUUGGGGGCGUUCAAGGAUCUACAGCAUAUUCAAUAUUUACAACCAAAGUUAACCAGUUUUAUUUAUUACGUUCACAAAAUUUAUUUUUUAGUGAUUUUUGUCGUUCUUAACUAAUUACGAUAUCGAAUUUGCUGAAUAUGGUCCGAUUAUUUUGGAUUAUCGUUUUUUAGCUUCAGCAUUUGAUUGCAUUCUCCAUCCUAAACUACCACAAACAUUCACAUCAUCAUCUACACGAAGAAAGCCAGCAAACAGAAUAUUGUUCGAAAAUUGUUCGAAAUUUGCUAAAUCAAGGCCGCUUAUUUAUCUAUUUUAUUUUAUUUUAUUUUAAGGAUUGAAAUUGAUAUUACAUAUUCAAUAAGAAAUUAUCCGAAAUAUUAUGCUGUAAUCGGUCAACACAUAUUAUUACGAUUCACAAACAAUCCUGCGCCUAUUUCAUUGGUUGGCUUGCAAACUUUCCUUUCUUGGUAUUUCUUGGUAUUUAGCAAUCUAUGUUGGUGCUACCAUUUUUCACAUCCUGAGAAUUACGACAGCAUUAGCACAUUUUGUUUCAUGAUUCACCGUACUUUUAUUAAUUUUCUGACAACGUUGACCCAUAGCAUUUAGGUUAGAUGUAGCAGUUUAAGUGAUAUACAAGAAAGUCGGUGUCUUAUGGGGUGAUUUUUAGAACAAAGUUCCAUUCUCAUUUAAUCUAUAUUAGGGGCUAAAUUAUAUUUUCCAGAGUACUCGAGUUUCCAUUGAGCAAUCUGUCAAUUUCAUUCAACAGAAAGCAGAUCAUUAUCACAGAGAAAAACUAACUCGAACAAUGAAUUCGAACAAAACCAUGCAUUCUAGGAAAAUCAUAUGUAGAAAAUGUUCCGAUCAAAAUAUGGUUAAUAUUGGCUACUUUAGUAUCUGGCAUGCGCUCAUUGUUUCACAUGUGGUCAUGAAUUUUCAAUUUUAGACAAAGCACCUAUACUGGAAUCUGACGGUUCACUGUAAAUAAUAUUUAGCGUUUUUAAAAGUGAGCAAUGAAUUUUGCAGAGAACUUCAU